AAAACAAGAUGGCGGACGAUACACUUGUAAUGUUGAAUAAAUUGGAAAAUAUAAAAGAAAUACGGGGCAAAACGCUGCAGCUGGAGAAAGUGCGCUCGCGGCUGCGUGGAGAGCUGGAGGCGAUCGAGAAGGAGGAGGCAUACUUGAAGGAGUACAAGAAUGAGAUGGAGCUCCUGCUGCAGGAGAAAAUGGCUCACGUCGAGGAGCUGAGACUCAUCCACGCCGACAUCAACCUGAUGGAGACGACCAUCAAGAACUCUGAGGACGAGCGCGUCCGCUGGCUGGACACGGCCAAACACCUGUUCGACGAGUAUCGCCCCCUGAAGGAGCAGGUCGACAACUUGCGCGCGAUCGUCGGACUCAAUGGACUCCCGGAGCUGGAGGGCGAAAGCGAGAAGUUGACGCCUGAAUUCUUCGAGAAACACAAGAUGGAAUGGCAGCCGGAGCAGCAGACGGAGGCGCCCUCUAGCUCAGUCUCACAACCGCUGGCGCCACCACCCGUGUCGGCUUCCCAACAAUUACAGGAAGUUCGCCACAAGCCCACCACAGAGACGAGGGCGCCACCUUCCAAUGCAUUUCGACAGCAGCCUCCCCCGAUGAAGGCCUGCCUAUCAUGCCACCAGCAGAUUCACCGCAACGCUCCCAUCUGCCCUCUGUGCAAGGCAAAGAGUCGAUCCCGCAACCCUAAGAAACCUAAACGGAAGGCAGACGACUGAGCACGCGGAGGUUGACAAGUGGCGCCAUCUGCCAACUGGCCUCUGAAGAAGGAUGUGUAGCAGUAACGGCAUCAGAAUCUCGCCAAAGGUCGAGUGAAGGUCACAGAAGGUCGAGCGAAAGUUGCAGAAUUAGUCGUUGACGACCAAAAUAUGAAUUCUGCCUAUUGAUACGAUUAAUUAUUGAUUCUACAAUCACGAGCCGUUUUCCUUAAUUUCGUAUCAAAUACAUGACAUUGUUAAAAAAAAUUGUGAAAUUUCGUAUUGUGUACUAAACACCAUUUUAUCGCUGCAUAAUUAUUGUGUCGUAAUGUGUUUUACCCUAACGUUUUGUUAAUAAGGUAUUUAUUGAUUAUACUGAUUAUAAAAGCUAUCAAACGAUGCACUGAGCAGAUAUUACAAUAAUACAACUUUAGACAAUUCACCCCUUUACACCCUGGCUACUGGCUAACUACGAGCCUCGUGGUUAUCCUGCCUCAAACCCCCAGCAUAUAUUAUAAUGCAUUCUUGAUAUUGAACGUUUAUUAAUCCGUGUCGGAUAGCUUGUGCUAUUUGGCGUCGUGGGUUCUACCGAGUGAAGUUUUUCGUCAUGUUGAUUUCGUAAUUGUGAUAGUAAAUUUUGCUUGUAAGUGCAUGAAGCCCCACUUGGUGUGUGUGUGUGUGUGUGUUGCAAAGCUGCACAAGUUCCAUUGUUCUACCGUUGUCGUUUGGUGAUCGCAGCUCAAAUUUCAUCGUGCCAUCUAAAUAUUGUCCUUUAUGCACAGCGUACGUGUGGCACUGUAUUAUACAUAUCGACCCGUGUCUCUGUGGGAAAUUUCAAUGACUCUACAGCAGAAUCUAUUGUAAACUUUAUUGUAUUUUACCUAUAUACGUAUAUUAUUUAUAUAAUGCUUGCGUGCGUGUGUGUUUGUACACGCAGGUGAGGUACAUUUGAUGUAGUAUGUAAACAAGUCUGUAUCAACUUAAGGGGUAAGGUGAAUUGUAAGGUGGCGCUUUUAUUUGAUAGCUGAGGCGUUAUUAAUGGUACAUUGCUUGCACCACACAGUGGUGAUCGCAAACAGAGAUAGAGAAGUUGCCAGAAAAGACUUGGCAUUAAACACUGAGCUGGCGUUUGUU